UAAAAACCGGCAAUUUCUUGGCAAAUAUUAUUUUUUUUUCCAAAUUAGUAGAAAGUUAAUAAGUUUUAAAUAAAAUGGCUCUUGUUGACUAUGGUGGCAGCAGUUCCUCUGCCUCUGAAGAUGAAGAAUCUUCUAAAAUCACUCAACCCACGUUGAUAAACAUUCUCAAAAGACCUGCUCUGCCCACAGCUGCCGCACUGUUGGGCCCCAAGAAGCCGAAAGCCGAGGAGUUUGCUGACGAUGUAGUGGAUGAUCCGGCUCUACAUGGCGGUCGCAUUCGCAGCUUCAAGCACGAGCGAGGAAACUGGGCCACCUACGUCUAUGUGCCGGCAACUGCCUGUGCCGAGCAGCUGGAGGAGUUCCAAGCCGAGGCCAUAGCCCAUUUGGCGCCCCACUUGGAACUGCAGGCCAAUGAGUCACUUCAUCUGAGUCUGAGUCGAACAGUGGUGCUCCAGUACCAUCAGAUAGAUGAGUUUUCACGAUCCCUGCAAGCAGCUCUUAACAGCUCCACAAGCUUCACUGCCACUUUACAAGGCCUGCGGAUCUACACAAACGAAGAGCGAACCAGAACAUUCAUUGCCGCCCCUUUGGAUGGUGCUUUUACGGAAAAGAUGUCUUGUAUCCUGCAGCCCAUAGACCAGGUGCUGCUCGACUACCGGUUGCAGCAGUUCUACGUUCCGGCCUCUUUCCAUGUUAGUCUCCUUUGGUGCGUAGGUGACCAGGAGAAACUGCUAAAUAACAAGCUGAAGGAACUCAAAGAGCUCCUGGAAGAUCAGGACACUCUCCCUCUGGCCGUCACUGAAGUGCGCUUGAAAACUGGCAACAAGGAUUUUACUUACAUGCUAAAGUAGAUAACAAAUCAUAUCAAUUUCCGCGCGGAUGUCUGGAAGGCAGACGGAGGGCGCUGGCUGGAAACUGACCUCCUCCUCCUGGUUUUCAUUGACGUUGAGGUCUCCGCUGCGCGC